AUGCCUACGGCCACAGAUGGCCCGACAGUUUCCCUGUCGUUUGCCAAUAACUUUUGGGGCAAAGAUGACGCUGGUGUAGGGCCAUUGCUUGAUCGCAUGGCCUCUGCGAAGCAGACCAGCGAUGAGCUUAGAUCUUUCUAUAGUGCCCGGGCCUCUAUCGAAGAUGAAUACGCACGCAAGCUUAUGUCGUUAAGCAAAAAAUCGUUGGGUACCCACGAAAUGGGAAGCCUGAAAUUUUCACUUGAUACUAUGCGAGGAGAAGUCGAAUCCAUGGCGAAGCAACAUUCUAGCAUUGCUGCUCAGAUGAAGACCGAGUUAGAGGAACCGCUGGCCGCCUUUGCUGGAGGAAUGAAAGAGAGACGCAAGAUCGUCCAAAAUACGGUAGAGAAACUUCUCAAGAUCAAGAUACAACAAACGAACAUGGUGAAUAAGACCCGUGAUCGAUAUGAGCAGGAUUGUUUGAAAAUCAAGGGCUACCUUGCUCAGGGACAUAUGGUUAUGGGUCAAGAAGAAAGGAAAAAUAAGGCCAGGCUAGAGAAGACACAGAUCAGCCUUGCUACAACCAACACCGAAUAUGAGAACGCAGUUAAAGUUCUCGAGGAGACGACUGCAAGGUGGAAUAGGGAGUGGAAAGCGGCCGCCGACAAAUUCCAGGACUUAGAGGAGGAGAGAUUAGACUUCACCAAGAGCAGUCUAUGGACUUUCGCCAACAUUGCCUCCACGGUCUGUGUUAGCGAUGAUGCUUCGUGCGAGAAGAUUCGUUUGUCUCUAGAAAAGAUGGAUGUAGAAAAGGAUAUCAUGCACUUCAUCACCGAGAGGGGUACCGGCCAAGAAAUCCCAGAUCCACCCAAGUAUAUCAACUUCUGCCGUGGGGACGUGGAAGACACUCAUUCAGAAAUCUCCGACGAUGAGAACUAUUCUGUAGCGCAAUUUCCGCGGAGUAUCAAUCCUGCGUUUCGCACGUCUUCCCCCCAGCCAUCUACCUUCGAGUCGCAUCAUGAUCCCAACUCCGCUCUUGCUCGAGAUCUGGCACAUCAUGAACCUCCUCCUCCCUCCAGCAGAGAUUUAAUCAUGCCUCCGCCAAAGCCCCAGACCUAUGCCAUAGCUCAGCAAGAUAGGCGGCGAGGAAGUGUCAUACAACCGCAGCAAUAUCCUCAAAGCAUCAACCCUGGCUUCCGUGCCCCUUCACCUCAGCCAUCCACAUACGAAUCCCACCAUGAUCCCAACUCGGCACUCGCCCGAGAUCUCCAACGCCGAGACCCCAAUCCCCCUAUUACGCGGGAUAUACAGCGGAAUGAACCUCCUCCUUCAUUUCCUCGAGACACGCAGCGUCGUGAGCCCGACCUUUCCCUUACCAGAGAGAUUCAACGCCACGACCCUGUCCCUUCAUAUACUCGGGAAGUGCAGCGUCGUGAACCUGAUCUCUCCAUGACGAGAGAAAUUCAACGUCGUGACCCCAAUCCUCCCAUUCCCCGAGAAAUACCCCGAGAGAUGCCGCGAGAGAUGCCUCGAGAAAUACCACGCGAAAUACCUCGGGAAAUACCUCGGGAAAUGCCUCGGGAAAUGCCUCGGGAAAUGCCUCGAGAAAUUCCUCGCGAAAUUCCUCGCGAAAUUCCCCAAGAAGUAUCUCGAGAAACGCCCCGGGAAGUACAGCGUCACGAACCUGAUCUUUCUCUUACAAGAGAGAUUCAACGCCGCGACCCUAAUCCUCCUGCUCCUCGAGAUGUACAGCGUAACGAUCCUAGUCCCUCGUUUCUUCGUGAUCUACAACGCCAUGAAACAAAUCCCUCUUUUACUAGAGACCUUCAACGUCACGAUACUAAUCCUCCUACUCCGCGAGAUCCACCACGCAAUGAGCCGCCACCAACUUCCAGUAGGGAGCCGGUUAUACCACCACAGAACACCUCAGUGGCUAUCAUGGCUCCACAAGAUCGUCGGAAAGGAAGCAAUGGAGUACAAUCAUAUGAUACUUCCAAAUUUGCACCGGUACCCCAUGAUCCGUAUCCUAUGGAUGCACGGCCAUCAAGCGGUGAUGAUAAUAGCGAAUAUUCGAAUCUAACAUCUCUUUCUAGUCAAGAGCCACAAAGCGGCAAAGUGUCACCAGUGAAACAAGAGCCCGUGGUGGUGGCACAACCAGAAAAGCAAAUGCAAAAGAAGAAGAGUGGAUUCUUUCAGAAUCACAGCCCGUUCCGUAGAAAGAGCAUCAAGGACGUGAAGGCGUCGAACAGAAAUACUUGGGGGCCUGUGGCUUCUCAGAGCGCGAUGAGUACUCACGGUACGGUCAGCUCUCGGCGCAAUCAAGCUUUUAAACCACCAGAACCUCAGAACCCUAUUGCAGAUAGAGUCGAGAAAACAGCGAGUCCCGACCCUAUUGAGGCGAAUGCAAGCCUAGCCCUGAAUAUUGGGCAAAACGUAUUCCCUGUAGCCAAUACCGAUAAGAGAAAACAGACCAACGAUGAUAAUACCCCUCCACAAGAGGAACAAGACCCGAUCGCUCAAGCCCUGGCGGAGCUGAAGGGUGUUGCUAGUAACAAGCAAGCUGCUGGGCGAAUCUCAGCCGAUCACUAUCAUGGCAUCGCUACGCCUGUACCCGACAGAUCUCAAGCGCCGUCCCGUUCCGUACCCGUAUCCAGGGAAAGCAGCGAUAUGGCCGCUGGUAUGAGAGGUACCCCACCGCCGUCGUACGAUAUGCAGAUACAAAGACUUGGAGUCCCGCCCCCAGCUGUUACAUCUAAAGCAAUGCAGGAGGCGUCGCGGAAAUACGUGGAGCAGACCAGGGAUAUGUUCAGCGCGAAGCGUCCUGGGUCUGGAGCAUACAGCGGGACGCAAUCUUUCAGUGGUACUCCUUCUCGGCCUACUACGAGAGGCAGCGAAAUGCCUCGUGCAGCAUCACCGGCGCCUCCACGAAGCGCUUCUCCUCAACCUAGGAUGCACCCUGAAACGCGUCAGCCAGAGACACGCCAAAGCCAACGGUCCGCGUCGCCAAACCCGUACAGUAGUAGCCAAUAUCGUAACUCGCCACAGGCAGCUUCACCUAGUACGUAUGGUGGUGCCCAGCAGCAGAAUUCACCACAGGCGGCAUCCCCGAUCUCAUAUAGCGCAACUCAGCGACGGGGAAAUUCACCACAACCAGCACCGUCGGUUUCUUAUAGUUCAACCCAAAGACAGGGAAAUUCCCCACAACCAUCAUCAAUUUCAUACAGUUCAACCCAACGGCGAGGCAACUCGCCGCAACCGGCGUCACCCAUUUCAUAUAGUGCAACUCAAAGGCGAGGAAAUUCCCCACAGCCGGCGUCGCCAAUGUCGUAUAGUGCGACCCAGCGACGAGGAAACUCACCUCAACCAGCAUCACCAAUCUCGUAUGGUGGUUCUCAGCAACGAAACUCACCACAGCCUAGUAUGUCAGUGAAACGCGGGUCAGAACAAGGAUACUUUGGGCACCAGUCGCCGAGCAAUUCCAUGAGGGCGAAGUCUCCAUCCAUCUACAAUGGCGAUUACAACCGCCCAACUAGUAGAGCUGAAGAGAUGGCUAUGCAACUUGCUCCAGUUGGAGAUGGGUCCGUGUACGGAUCAAUGCGUGGAAGAGGCAAUGGUAGGCCUGGUACAAGUUCGAGCUCACGGGCCAUGACUUUCUAUGACGGACGAGACCCGGUAGUAGAGAAUUCGAGACAGCGAAGCCAGAGCGUAGCAGAUCCGAGCCGGCAGUACACACCAGAGGGCCGGGCCAUUUUACAUUACGCUCGAGCGUUGUAUAUGUACCAAGCAGCAAUCCCCGAGGAGCUUGGAUUCGCUAAGGGAGAUACUCUAGCCGUUCUCCGGCACCAGGAUGACGGAUGGUGGGAAGCUGAAAUUCAUUCAGGACAAGGUGUUGGUAGAGGUGGAUUGGAAUACGUAAAGGGCUCUUAUCGAGCUGCAACAUCUCCAGUUGCCAAGAGGACAUAUCUCAGUGCUGCAUUGUUCUUUUCUGCAUCCUUGGCGCUUUUAUUUAUUGCUGCUUUAGCCUAUCCCGUCUUCUACUAUAACUACGUGCCUAAAAAGGUUAUAUCUCUCCCUAUACAUCUACAAUAUGACUCCGGCCUUAACCCAUAUGGCGUCACAUCAGUCUCAUCGAACCUCAUGCUCGAGCAGGCCUAUGAUAUAUCAGUAGAAUUAACAUUACCACGAUCGCCUACGAAUCUUGACAGGGGAAAUUUCAUGGUCACUCUCUUCGGGAUGAAGACUCAGCCAGGAAACCCAGCGUUCGCUUACUAUUUCUCAGGGGAGGACCCCUUCUCGCAUGUGAAGGAAGAUACUGUAGUCUUCACGAGCCGCCGGCCCUCCCUAAUCCCGUAUACAGACCCCUUCGUGAAAACCGUGUCGCGUGUCCUCUUUUUACCAUACCAUAUUCUAUAUCCUAGCGCAUCAGAGACAACAACACUGAGAGUCCCGAUGGGCGAGCUCGUCGAGUUCAACGAAAUCCUCCCGAUAAGCCUACUAGUGGAAAUCCAAGCCGGUCAAACACUCCAGGUGUACUCAGCUACUAUCACGCUUGUCGCCCGUCUGACAGGAAUCCGCUGGGCCAUGUAUAAUCACCGCAUCAUCUCGUUUGUGGUCUGCACAACCGUUUUCUGGAUAGCCGAGAUGCUAUCGACGGGGCUAGCGUGGCUUAUCUUGAGCUCCUUCAUCUCUAACGAGAAACCUAGAGGCCCGGAAGAUAAACUAAACCCCAGGCCUGGAGGUGAUCGUUGGAUGGGGCCACCCCCCGCUCCUACGGCAUUUUUACACGACGGAGCGGGAGACUCUCAUAGCGAGGGAGAGGAAAUUGUUAAGAAAGAAGAAGAAGACGAUGAUGAUGAUGUGGAUAUUAAGGAGGAAACGCCAGAACGAGAAACAUUAGCAGAUCAACCAGCUGACGAUGAGGAAGAUGGAGAAGAUGUUUGGAAGGGGAAGGAUGCUGGUACUAGUUCUAGUUAUGAGAAAGGGGGUAGUAUACGCAGACGAUCAUCGCGAGGGGCAACGAUGCCCUGCUUCAAGGGCAUCGCCGUGAGCAUUCAUGCGAAUUCUGCCCCGCUCCCAGAAUAUGGCAUGCAAAAGCAGUCUCGUCUAUCUCGCAUCAGCACAUACAUACCUGUUCCUCAACCUCAGCUAAACCCGGAUACCUCUAAACAUGAGGCAGCCAAGUUCGCCAUUUCGAUAACGCUCUUAACACCCGGUCAUCCCAUCCCCUAUACCGCUCCGAAACCGACUGCAACCAAUCCCUACCCGAAGCCUCUCUACGCGGGACCUUUGAUGUCUACAAGCUCUGAUCCUUCCAAGCAUGCCAACACGGUCACGCCAUAUAUUCCCAUGACCAACUCGGAGAACGAGACCAUUGCUGCGUAUAUCUACUUCGACGGACGAGCUAAGGAGGAAGUCGCCACUUUACUGCGACCGGGAGAAGAAACUUGGGUAAACAGCCGUUGGGUUCAAGUUCCCGAGAGCGAAGGUGGUGGCCUUGCCGAACGUGAAUUUUUAUUCCGAGAGGUUGGCUUAGAACGCUGGCUUAAUGGUCUGGAUCUUAAGGGCCACGAUGCCGCAGAGAAGGUCGAGAAACGGAGACAGAAGUUUGAGCGACGUCAUCGCCGCCAUAGGUCCACCCCUCACGGCGGUGACGCAGAAACGGGGAAGGCCCCUCGUCCCCGCGAUACCCUAGCAUAUGGGGGGGAGGACCAGUCACCACUAGCAACCCCCGAUGAUUCGGACGACUCUUCUAUGUCUGACGACGACGAACCUCCCGAGGCUACUGGCCAGAUCAAAGUGGCUAUGUUUCGUGUUAUUGCUUCUGGGGAGAUUAAGAAGGGAGAAUAUUCACCACAAUUUGAUGCCCAUGAUGAUGAUGACGAGAGCGAUGGUGGAGCAAAAGGGGGUAAUAAUGGAGCGAUCGAUGCCGAUGUUGAGCAUACCACUAGUUUUGCUAAGCCAAAGACGCUCGAUCCUAAGACAAUUAGUACUCAGACCGUGACUGGCAUAGAUGGUCCGGAUAAGCCCUAUGCAGUAUUUACAUUCUUCUACCGUGGCCAACGUCAACUCAGCAAGAUGGGAUUAUACCCUAGUUCGAAAGCCGAUCAGAAGGCGCCGGCUACAAAGCGGCGGUCUACCCAACUUGACUUUUCAGGGCUUGGUCCUCUCAAAACUACUGGUACAGUAGGCUUUUCGGCUUUCAGAGACCAGGAGGCCGAAGCCGCAAAGAGGAGAAAGGCUCGCAGAAAGAGUAACGGUGCCAACGGUAACCUCAUGGACGAAGAUAGCGAUGACGAUGAUGAUAAUGAUAACGACCCCCUGGCUAAGAUGGCAGAGUCUGACGAUAAGGACGUCAAGACUCACCUAGCGCCGGAAGAUGCCAGGGUUACUGGGGAGCUACAAGCUGGUAUUGACCGCAUCCGCCUUAAGCGACAGCACUCCACAGAGCCAGACGCUGCAGGUGCGUCAGGUUCUCAAAAGUCACCUAGCGCAGGUCCUACCGGCGGAGAAUCGACGCCUACAGAUUCUACGUCAAGCAAUCAACCUAUGCCCAAUUCCGUUGCAAAUCUUCUUGCGAAUGCUUUCAAUGGCGAAACGACUGUGGGAAGCCCUCUAAAGAAGCAACGUGCAGAUGACGAGACACAGGAUCGCUCUAUCAAUUUCCCGGCAGCUUUAGGUGAUGUGCUAGGCAGGGCCACUGCGGAUCAGGAGAAGAAGAUAAAAGAAGAACAGGUUAAAGUUCAACUCCAGUUCGGCGAAGAUGAAGAGCUUUGA